UGUCCGGAGCAGAGUCUCCUCCGUCUGUCCGUCUGUCUGUCUGUCCUCUGCUGUCUCCUGUGUCUUUGUCUCAUUGCAGUCUCCUCCUUCACCUCCUCCUCCUCCUCCUCCUCCUCCUCCAUUACACCGACACACACCAGCAGCAGACCCGGCAGCUAACGUCCAGCCCUCCGGGACCAGCUGGAUCCAGUGCCCGGGACAGAGAGCAGGGAGCCGGGGCUGAGUUCAGCGGAGGAGCCGGUGUGUGUCUGAUGGAUGUUACAUGAAGUGUGUGUGUUUGUCUGACCACACAUGACGCGUCUCUGGUGCUAAUGCUAAUUAGACUCUGUGCUAAUUAGCCUGCUGAGCUAACCAGGUUAGUUAAACUAGUUAAACUAGUUAAUGCUGCCGCUGAUCUCAAAGUGCCUGUUGUGUAAAGCUGGUGUGGUGAAGUGUGUGUGAGCUAAAGGUGCUAAUCUCGUCAGCAGCUAGCCGCGGCUAAAGUGGCCUCAGGUGCUCUUUGACUCAACAUCAGCCUCUCAGCGCGUUGACUCGUGUCGGUGCUUCAAGUGUCCUUCAGCUGCUUCACUUCGCCCCGACUCUUAAAUCGGUCCGUUUUUGAAUGGAGUCUGGCCUGGUCUACACCACACAGGGUGCGGGUCAAACCCGGGUUAAAUUUGGACUGAGUUUGGUUUAAUUUCGGCUAAGUGUCGUCAGCUUAGUAAAAACAGACAGACCGGGGUGAACUGGGUUAUACAGGUGUGGUAUACUGGGUUUACUGGGAGUGCAGAGACAGCUGGUCCCGGGUUUAAAGUGCUGUUGGUCCAAGUGUCCUCACUGGUGUCUGUUUAGUGUCUGACUUAAAUCAGGCUUUUCUUUAAUGAGGUUCUGAAUGUGUUCUGGCCUGGUUCACACAGAUGAUUCACUUCAGUUAAACUGAGUUUAAAUCAGCUCCUGAGAUAAAACCAGGCUGGUGAACUGACCAGGUGCAGAACUGGAGUAUAGAGGUGUGGUGUACUGGGUCUACUGGGAGGCAGAGGCAGGUAGUCUCGAGUUUAAACCCAGUUCUGGAUCAAGUGUCUGAGUUAAAUCAGGCUUUUCUUUAAUGAGGUUCUGAAUGUGUUCUGGUCCACACAGUCACAGGUCAGGGUGAGUUCAGUCCUGAGCGGAAACCAGUAUUGAACUGGGUUUACUGGGUGUCCAGAGACAGGUGGUCCUGACCCAAGUGUCCUUCCUCCUGGUUUUGUGAGUUUUUGGCUGAAUGGGUUUUUGGCUGACACAGAGGGCUGUCUCAGGUCUGAACUGGGAGUAGAUGUAGUCGUACUGGUCAUACUGGUGCAGACAGUCGGUGGUCUUGCUGGUCUUGGAUGUCUGAGCGGAGUUCAGUCGCAGGUUCAGCUCGUGAUGGCGGAGCUCCACCAGACUCCCACCUCUCUGUGCUGCUGCCGUAAAUCCCCUCCGGUCUCCGGGGCCCGCUGCGUCGGGGACUCCGGCCGGCCCUCGGCAGGUCCGGGGCCCGGGACCCCCCGGUGCCCCCUGGUGGACGUGGCCUCGGCGUCUAACUUCCGCUGCUUCCAGCUGCGACACCUCCACCUGGACCUGCGGCUCAACUUUGCCGUGAAGGAGAUGAGCGGCUGGCUGGUUCUGGACCUGGUCCCGGUCCAGCCGGGGGUCCACACCCUGGUCCUGGACUCCCACUCCUCCCUCCUCAUCCACUCCAUAGACUGUAAGGUCCCCGGGGCCGGACAGGAGGAGCCGCUGUCCCUCACCUACCGCGUGGACCCGUUCACAGACUACGGCUCCUCGUUGAACAUCAGCCUGCCGUCAGCCGCCGUGAAGCCGGGCCGGCUGAUCCAGAUCACAGUCCGCUACAGCACCACGGACGGACCGGCGAUCUGGUGGCUGGACUCGGAGCUGACCUGUGGACAGUCUCGUCCUCUGGUCUUCACUCAGGGACACUCAGUUUGUAACCGCUCCUUCUUCCCCUGCUUCGACACACCUGCUGUCAAGAGCACGUACACCGCAACCGUCAGGGUUCCAGACGGAGUGACGGUCCUGAUGAGUGCGUCUCGUAGUUCCUACUCCAAACAGGACCGAGUCUUUCAGUUCUCCAUGGAGUUUCCUGUCCCGUCCUACCUGGUGGCAUUGGUGGCUGGCGAGCUGCAGCACGUCGAUGUCGGCCCGCGGAGUCGUGUGUGGGCGGAGCCAUGUCUGUUGUCGUGUGCGGUGAAGAAGCUCGGCGGCAGUGUGGAGCGCUGGCUGGGUGUGGCUGAGGAGCUGUUUGGACCAUACCUGUGGGGCAGGUGUGACAUUGUGUUCCUCCCCCCCUCCUUCCCCAUCGUUGCCAUGGAGAACCCCUGCCUCACCUUCAUCAUCGCCUCCAUCCUGGAGAGCAGCGAGUUCCUGUUGAUUGACGUCGUCCAUGAGAUUGCGCACGGCUGGUUCGGCAACGCCGUCACCAACGCCACCUGGGAGGAGAUGUGGCUGAGUGAGGGGUUGGCCACGUACGCCCAGCGCCGGAUCACUACUGAGGCCUAUGGUGAGGCGUUCACCUGUUUGGAAACUGCCGUGCGGUUGGACGCCCUCCACAGACAGCUGCGUCUCCUCGGAGACAACAACCCCGUGAGCAAACUGCAGGUCAAGUUUGAGCCAGGUGUGAACCCCAGCUCUCUGAUGAAUCUCUUCACCUACGAGAAAGGUUUCUGUUUUGUGGCGUACCUGUCGCAGCUCUGUGGAGAUGUCAGACGCUUCGACUGCUUCCUCAGGGAUUACAUCUCAGAGUUUAAGUUUAAAAGCGUGGUGGCUCAGGACCUCAUUGACUACUUCCUGGGUUAUUUCCCCGAGCUGCAGGACGCUGCCGUCUCCCAGAGAGAGGGUCUGGAGUUUGAGCGCUGGCUGAGUGGCUGUGGUCCUCCUCUGUACGAGCCUGACCUGUCAGCAGGAGGCACUCUGACCCGGCCCGUCCACGACCUGUGUGACCUGUGGAGGGGCGGCGAGUCCCCGGACCUGCAGACCCUGUCCCCCUUCGACCUGUCCUCCUGGAGCACCUUCCAGAUCGUCCUGUUCCUGGACCACAUGCUGGACCUGUCCCCUCUGCCCCAAGAUGUGAUGUCCAGCCUGUCUUCCUGUUACUCGUCCCUGUUUGACGGACUGAACGCGGAGGUUCAGGUGCGCUGGCUGCAGAUGGUCGUGAGGAACUCGUUCUACCCAGAACUGCCUCGAGUCCGAGCCUUCCUCCACAAACAUACGUCCAGGAUGUACACGGUGCCACUGUACGAUGACCUGGUUGCUGGGGUGAUGAAGUGUGUUGCCGUGGAGAUUUUUAACCAGACCCAGCGCCGCCUUCAUCCCAACCUCAGACGGACGUUACAGCAGAUCCUGUUCCAGAGCAGCGCUGCCCCGAUCAACCAGAACGGCCCCUCUCUGUCCAUCGUACCCGCCUCCCCCACCGCCACGGCAAACACCCCCUCCUCUGCUGCUACUGCUGCUGCUGCCGGGACAACCACCACCAUCGCUCUGCGGGACGUCAACGUCUCCGCGUGAAGUUCACCUGUCCUGUGAUUGGUUGGUCGCUACAGGCUUAUGAUGUCAGCUGUUGUUAAGGGCGACUGCUCCGGCUGAAUUUAAACUACAGACGCUGAAAGUUUGAACACUGUGAUGAAGUCCAAAUGACAGGAAGUUCACUCCACAGAGCAUAUAGGUCAAAGGUCAUGACUCCCUGAUGAUCAUGUGACUGUGUUUUUAAAAAAAAAAUACAGAGGAGACUCAGAUUAGACUUAAAAGUUCAUCGUCAAACUUAGACCACCAGUCCAGAGACGGGUCCUCCCAUCGGACGUCUGCCCGGAGACGGGUCGUCUGUGUCAUGGUUAUGUGUGUUUUCCUGUCGUCUCACAGUCUGACAGAAACGAGGCCCCAGAACACCUUCAUCAUCAUCAUCAUCAUCAUCAUCAUCAUUAUCAUCAUUGUUGUGAGAAACAGUCUGUGUCCACCUGUGUCUCAGGUAGAGGGACGAUGCGUUCACUGUCGUUGUGUAGAACCAGCAGAACCAGGUGUAGCUGCUCCGUCUAACCCUUUAGUAACUCUACCUCCUGACCCUGACUGACGCCUGCAGACCAGCACUCGGGGCUCAACGCUGACGCAUCACGUCACAUGACUCAGCAGUAAAUCUAAAACCAGCAGACUUCACCUGAGUGGCCUUAAUGCUGCGUUCACUGCCGCUGGAAACGUUCAGCUCCGGUUCAUCUUUGUCCCUUUAAAAUGGUUUUUACCUUCAGGAGCAAUAAAAAGACUUUUAUUGUGAAAACAUUGAGGAGUAGCAGGAGGUGAUCACUGGAUUGACCCUGAUCAAUAUUUAAUAAAUACCAAUAUUUUAUUUAUAGAUUUGAAACACGUUGACUCCCAGCCGUCAGUGAACGCCUCUUUGUAAUGUGUUUGACCACAAAUUAAAAAACACUUGAAACUACA